GUAUCUGGACUAACUACCCUCUUCCAUAUAUGGAUCGCCGCAACUCUUUCUCUCUCUCACUCUCUCAUAUGGCCCCGAGGAGGCCGUGAAAGAGCUCUUUUCUUCCCAAAAUGAUGGUCAAGUUCUUUCGGUAGUUCAAUAAACUUUCCUGAUAUGGUCCUAUAUGGGGUACCACAAAAGCUACAACAAACCAACCAAAAUUGCAUAUGACACCGUCUGCAUAUCUUAGUUUUGAAGGUUUCUGUUAUGUCUGGCCCUCCCGUUAGGUUCCCUCAUGCAGCUAUGUCUUUUCUCCAUUUUGUAUUUUUCUUCUGUGUCCUCGUGUCAAGGACCUACUUUUUGAUUCUUGGUUCUGCUUCUUGUUGCCUACAUAACUAUGUACAACAUAGCAAUCGACAGUUCGAGCAGAAAACUGAUCGCUUCUGGGAGUUCCAAGAGCAAUCCAAUACCUGGGUUGAAGUGGAGUUGCCUUAUGACCUAGUCUCUUGUGUUAAUGAUGACUGUACCAAAGUGGGUUCAAUUGAUCGAAUAACAGAAAAUAAAGAUGAGCACUUGGAAAGGGAUUAUGAUGUUACCAGGCAUACAGCAAGCUCGAAAAAGAAGGAUGGUGAUAGAGGAGGAGCAGAGGAGAAUUCUGAGAUUGUCCUGCCUCUGAGAAAGAGAAUCUCUUUGACAAGAAUGUCUGAGACGUCUAUUUGGGUUACCGGUGAAAGCGGUUCUAUCUAUGAGAGGUUCUGGAAUGGAGUUCAGUGGGUGAUAGCACCCCAUGAUCUACCACUAUCAGCCGGUUACGCAGUCUGUGUCUUUAUUGUUAAUCAGACAAUUCUUGCUCUAUCAGAAGCAGGAAUCCUAUAUCAGAUGCAACUCAGUGAGAGCUCACAGCCAAUUUGGGUCGUACUCAAGCCAACUCCUGAUUCAAGCACAAAUAAAGAAGCAGAAGAAACUUCUGUGAUCCUAAUUAAGUCUGGUGUUGUUUCACAUGAUGGGAUGAGAAUUUAUUUCUGCACAAGGAAGGGACUGUUAUUAGAACUGACUGAGGUUGAUCCUCCAAGAUGGUUAGAUCAUGGACGACCACCAGGUGGAAAUGUUGCAGCAAUUGCUGAUGCUGGUACUAUUAGACCGGAAGUAGCAUAUACCAUAAGCUCAACAGGCAAUCUCUAUGAAUAUGACAAGAGCUCAAAGCCAUCAUGGAAGAAGCAUAUAUGGACAGCAGGUAUGGCAGAAGAUGCUUUACUGAUACCAUCAACAGGAUACACCAUUAAUGGCUUGAGUGGAGAUUACUCCAGUUCUUUGUUUCUUUUGACCAAGGGUGGGAAAUUGGUAGAGAGACGAUUACAUCAAAGGAAGUGGAAAUGGAUAAUCCAUGGAAGUCCCAAAGAUCAUCAACUGACUUCCAUCACACCAGUUCUGCAAGAAGAAUCAAAUGAAAAUUUUUCAUUAUUUUUCACUACAUCCAUUGGAUCCAUUUUUGAAUAUCGAACACCAAAAAACUCAGGUACUGCUCUAGAGAACCAAAUUCCUGAAGCAUGGUUGAGUCAUAUGCAUCCUCCACACGCAAAAGCUGCUAAAGGAAUUGCUGGGCUACAACUUCAAGUUGGCAGAAUAAUAUUUGCACUGGAUGAUGGUAGACUAGCUGAGUUGCAUCUACCAGGACUAGGUGGGGAAAAUACAGGUCCAAAUUAUCAAAUUAAUGUCCGAAGAAAAGUAUCAGUUAAAUAUGUAUGGUCAAUAUUGGAUGCACCAGAGACUGAAGGAUGGAAUGCAGAGUAUUGCAAAGAAGAACGAGGACCCACAAAUUGCAUCACAGGCAUAAAAGAUGAACCUAACGAUUUGGGAAUUACAAGAGCAGCAACAAGAAGGCGAAAGGGAAGCCAAGCACAACAAGAUUACUUAGUUACAGGUGCCAGUGAAUUAAUCAAAUCUUCAGAAGAAUAUAGUUUUCCAGACAAUUGGAUAAACACCAAUUUUCACCUACGAGUCAUGCAUGGAAGCAGAUCAUUUUUCCUCAUAACAGAUGGUGGUUUGGCUUUUGAGUAUCUUAAUACUGAAAAUGUAUGGCUUUGGCUGAGGCAUGAUCACCCAACACCAAUGAAAGGUGCACUGGGAAACUACAAUGGAAGUUUAUUUUUAGUUGACAUAUAUGGUAGUUUGCUUAUCAGAGAGAGGAGUGGCAAUGAGCUUGGAUGGUUAAACUGCACUGCUAUGAGGAAAGGAAAGCAAGUGACUGGAGGACCUCCAUGGGAUGGAAUUCCAGGUAAAGCUAUGAAAGUUACAGCAGAAGAUUCACUCUUCUUUGUGGGCAAAAAUGGAAGAUUACUCCAGUUUACGGUUGCCCUGAGGAAGUUCAAAUGGAAGGACUGCCGAAACCCUCCAAAUACCAAAGUAGCAAGCAUAGUAGACCAGGAGCUUUUCAGGGAAAAUAUAGUAUUUGUCAUUGGAAGGAAUGGUCGGCUAUAUCAAUACAACAAAGUGACAGAAUUGUGGCAUGAACAUUAUCAGUCUCACCAUUUGAUUCUAUCAAGAUUGCCUGGAACUGCUAUGAGGCCAUCAUCUCUAUUACUUACAGGCUCACUAUUUAUGUUGUCUGAAGAUGGUGGGCUAGUUGAAUAUCAUUGGAAUACAGUUGAAGGCUGGAAUUGGGUUGAGCAUGGCACACCUAAUAAAGGCGUAACCUUGAUCACUUCUCCUAGCCCAUGCUUUGAAGGCAACCAACUUUUUUUGAUUGGUUCAGAUGGAAAAGUAUACAUGAGGUACAUGGACCAAAUGACAUGGAAUUGGAAAAACUGUGGCUUCCCUUAUGUAAGAAAGACAAAGGAUGAACAUCAGAGACAAGUAGAGGAAGAAGAAAAGAACAAGGAAGUUUGUAUAGAUGAAGAUAUUUCAGCUAGCUUGGAAAAGGAUGCGGAAAACUUUAGUGAUCUCAAUGGAAACUGCGAUGCAAAAGUAGCAUCAACAAGACCAAUUCCAUUUUCGGAGGAUUCAGUGAUCUUUGAGCUAAGAGAUGGCAGAUUGGCAGAAAUGCGACGAGUUGAGGACACAAUUUGGGCAUGGUCACGCAUCAUUGGCACUCCAACCAGUUCAUGCUCAACCAAUUACUGGACCGCUGUGGCAUCGUGAAAGGUGGGGAAAACAAACAAUACGACCUUAGAAAUGAACUUGUCAGCAACAAACACAUACGAAUCUACAAAUAUUGUACAGUUAACAAUGGAGAAGAGAGAAAGAUUCAUAACCCUCUUCUUUUUCUGCUUUCCUGUGGGAGGAGGUGGGAAUUGAGGACUGAAACAUUCAAAAAAAGAAGAUACUACCUAAACCGAUUGUACAGUGAAAUAAUACCACAGAGAAGAGUAUCUCUGUGAAAAAGCCCCAACCUUUCAGCUGAGCACAUGUAGAAACAGUUGAUAAAUAAAUCAAGAAGAUACUGAAUACGCUGAAUAUUCUACAACGUCAA